GUCUCUCUCUCUCCUCCUUCCUUCCCUCCUUCGAAAUAGACGCAUUUCAGCUAAAACAGAAGAAACCAGGUGUCCUCCUUCACAAUUAACCCAGACUUUAGGGUUUCAAAACCUACAACUUCCAUUGAUUUCCAGAAUUUUUUUCCAUUUCGUAGUUCAUAAUCUCUCGAUUUUCUUCUAUCGCAUUGAGAAUUUUGAACUUGGAAAUUUUAGGGCUUCUUUCGCCUCCCUUUAUCCGUCACCUCAUUUCCUUUUUUGCAACCUGGCCCUUGAUUUUGUUUCUUUUAUUUGGAUCCAUUAAUGGACGCUCGAGAUUCAUCUUCGUCGGCAGCUGAGGACGAUGGAGCUCUAUCCGUCACUGCCGCUCUUGCCAAGGAUGCUGCAUCGCUUUUCCAAUCGGGCAAGUAUGCUAGGUGUGUAGAGGUUUUGAAUCAGCUGUUGCAGAAGAAAGAAGACGAUCUUAAGGUGCUUCAUAAUAUUGCCAUCGCCGAAUACUUGAGAGAUGGUUGUUCCAAUCCGAAGAAGUUGCUUGAAGUAUUAAACAAUGUCAAGAAGAGAACUGAGAACCUUGCAGUUUCAUCUGGAGAACAAACAGAUGCUCUUAACCCUGAAAAUAAGAGUACUUCGGGUAAAGGAAAUAAUGUAUCUGCUCAUCAGACUGCUGCAAACAAUGCUAAUAUCGUAUACAUGGAUGAGUUUGAUGCCUCCAUUGCUACCCUAAACAUUGCUAUCGUAUGGUUCAAUCUUCAUGAAUAUACAAAGGCAUUAGCAGUUCUUGUACCUUUAUAUCAAAAUAUUGAACCCAUUGAUGAGACAACGGCUCUUCAUAUCUGCUUUUUGCUGCUGGAUGUUGGAUUAGCCUGCCGCGAUGCAUCAUUAUCUGCAGAUGUUCUACUUUAUCUGGAAAAAGCUUUUGGGGUUACUAGUAUAAGCCAAAGUGAAAAUGGAAGUACAGGGGGACAACAAUCCACAAACGUGGUGGCAAAAUCUUCGUCUGUUCCUACCAAUACUUCUGCCUUUGAAUCUUCCAAUUCAGAUUUAGCUGCAAGUGUCAAUGCCUCGGAAAAUUCUCUAUCGAGGACUUUGUCAGAUGAGACAUUUGAGUACGAGUCCAUGUUAUCGACGUUGGAUAUUGGUGGACAAAAUCCAGCAACACAGACUGGUUUUUCAUCUUCAAAUGUUCUUUUAAGGAUCCCAGCUGAUCGGUCUCUAUCUACUGUUGAUUUCAAGCUUAAAUUGCAACUAUACAAGGUUCGCUUUCUUCUUCUCACUAGAAAUUUAAAGCAAGCAAAGCGUGAAGCAAAGCACGCCAUGAACAUCGCUCGUGGGAUAGAUUCAUCCAUGGCUCUUCUCCUAAAGGCUGAACUUGAAUAUGCCCGUGGCAACCAUCGUAAGGCCAUGAAGCUACUUCUGGCAUCGAGUAACCGAACAGACAUGGGGAUUUCAAGCAUGCUAAACAACAACCUUGGCUGCAUAUAUAAUCAACUUGGGAAGUAUCAUACAUCAACAGUAUUCUUUUCCAAAGCUGCGUCUAAUAGUUCAGCUCUCUGGAAGGAUAGAAAACAGACAACUUUUUCACAAGACAACUCUCUUCUUAUCGUCUAUAAUUGUGGUGUUCAGUACUUGGCUUGUGGGAAACCAUUCCUUGCUGCUCGAUGCUUUCAAAAAGCCAGUUUGAUUUUCUACAACCGCCCUCUGUUGUGGCUCCGACUUGCCGAAUGCUGCUUAAUGGCUUCAGAGAAGGGGCUUCUGAAGAACAACAACCUUGCUGAUUCCGAUAGAUUGGAUAUCAAGGUUCACGUUGUUGGAAUGGGAAGAUGGAGGCAGCUUGUAUUGGAAGAUAAAACUUCGAAGAAUGGAUGUGCAUAUUCCUCUGGUAGAGAAGACGAGCAUUUCAGCAUCGAAGGACAACCUAAGCUGUCGAUUACUCUUGCUCGGCAAUGUCUGUCUAAUGCCCUGUACUUGUUAAACCGUUCCGAGACCAGCUUUUCGCAUUCUUUAUUGGCCUCUAAUUCUACCUUGGAGGAGAGAGAUCCAACUGAAGUGGCAGCUUCCAGGAGAUAUUAUAAGAACUUGCAUUGUAUUGAUUCCAAGGCCUCUGCCUCAACUCUAGGCUCAAGUCAGAUAAAUGCAAAUGGUGAUACAAAAGAACAAAAAGGUGCUACAAUUCAGGAACUUGUGCAAAACUCCCUCUCCUAUUAUGAGGAUAUUUCUCGGAGAGAAAACCUGUUGAUUAAGCAAGCACUUCUUGCCGACCUGGCUUAUGUGGAGUUGAAACUGGGGAACCCGUUGAGAGCCCUAACAAUUGCAAGGUCUCUUAUGGAGCUUCCAGGAUGUUAUAAAGUUUAUACAUUCUUAGGCCAUGUUUAUGCUGCAGAGGCCCUUUGCUUACUAAAUAGACCAAAAGAAGCUACCGAGUAUUUAUUGUACUAUUUAUCCGGAGGAACUGAUUUCAAACUGCCAUUCGGUCAGGAGAACUGUGAGCUAUGGCGAAUCGACGGCGUUACUGAUAUCGAAGGGGUAAAUGGAGGUUCGACAACAGCGGCUAAUACUUCAUCCCGGGAGGAACUUCAUGGUUUCAAGUUCCUCAGACCAGAGGAAGCACGGGGAGUCCUCUUUGCAAAUUUUGCCACUGUUUUGGCCUUACAAGGAGAUCUUGAACAGGCCCAACAGUUUAUCUCGGAAGCGCUAUCGAUCAUACCGAACAGUCCAGAAGCCACUUUGACUGCAGUUUAUAUCGAUCUUGCUAUCGGUAAGUCGCAAGAAGCUUUUGCCAAAUUGAAACAGUGUAGUUGUGUAAGGUUCCUCCCCAGUGGAUUGACAAUGAAAAGAUCUUCGUGAUUGUUAUAAGUAUAACUGGUGGCUUUGUAUUAAUGUCCUGCCCUCAUGUUAGUACUACUCAACGGGGCUACUCGGCUAUAUAUAGCAAUCUUUAGGAGGAUCUUAUAACAUAGCUCACGUCAGAAAAUAAAAAUUGAUGUUCAUUUUUUUUUUCA